UUCCUUUGCAGAAGGUUUUGGUUUAAGUUGGAAUUUUAAAUUAAAGUUAAGUAUCUUGAAUCGGCGAUUCUGAAUCGCUAACUUGAAUCGAUCUUUCUCGAGUAUAAAAGGCGUUUAUUCUUCACAUCCUAAAUUCUCGUCAACUCACCAGCGCACGGGCUCUUUGUUAUUCACUCUACAGCAGCAUAAGACAUGGCUUUGUUCAAUCGCCGUUGGAGGGACCAGCUAUGUCUUGAAACUGACGAGCAACUUGCCAACUGCAAAGCAGACUUAUUUGGAUUCCUGAGUAAGUGGAUUGCGGCAACUCCAGAGGUUCGAGAACUGACGACCAAAAAUGGCAAAAAAGUUCAAGAAACGUCAACGAUUCUGGAGUGUGAAUUUCCGCUUUGCCGCGCCAUUCUCAAACUUGUCGAAGUGACUACAGGAGCAGAGUUCACCGAGUUCGUGAGUGGAAACCUCUUCUUCUCUUCAAUCGAGCAUAGUGAACAUGACGGACGUAAUAAGGCGGAAAUCACAUCGUUUCUCAAAGGAGAUGAAUUCACCGGGCCUGCUGAUCCAGUUUACGAUCCUGUCAAGGACAUCAAAAGGACCUAUCGUGAUUCAAUCUUCCUUGCACGUGAAGAUGCCUUCGUGGAGCAACAGAAGAUCCUUCGGCAGGCUUACUCGGUUUGGAUCCCUGAUGAACCGACCGAAGAAGAAAUCGGGAAACACAAAGGGAUUCCGAUUGUUGCGCAAACCACUACAUACAAGUGCAGAAAUGGACUCUGCCAUGCGAAAGUCAGGAUGGUUGUAUGGCUGAUAGCUGGAAAGUUCAACAAGGCCUGGAUGCUUCUUAGUACGGCCAACCAUCGUCUGCACGACUGCCGUACUCCUUGUCAAAUGGACAACUACGUCAGAGGGAUUAUGUCGCCUAAUGUUCUGUGUGUUUGCUUGAUUCGUUUGGCUGCCGAUCUAAUUGUUAGCUGA